GGCUUUUUGAAUAUCUUCUAAUAUUCCAUGUUUCAGUGUCAAGUUUUUUUCUUUUUGUUUGUUUGGUUGGUUGCUUCAUCAUAGAAUUGGGAUUCUAAUAGAACCCAGAAGAUAAAAAAGGGAAAAGAUUGAGUUUCGAUAAUUUUGAUAUCUUUGAUGCAAACUAAAGUUUUUUUUUUGGGGGGUCUUUAUAUAAUUUUAUGUGUUGUUUGAUUUUAUAGAUCUAUUUUUGGCAAUUUUUUGUGUGUUUUCUGUCUGUUUCCCAAAAAUUUUGGGUAGUUUAGUUUUAGUGUUUGGUAUAUAAGUUGCCAAGCUAGAUUGCUGUUCAUUUCUUAGAUGUUUCUCUGAUGUCUUGAUUCAUUGUAUUUGGUAGUGUCAGCUUAGUUGCUGGUAUAUUAUAAUGGGGUGAUCGCUUGAUGGGAAAAUUUGAAGAGACAAAGAAAAUGUGAAAAAAAGAAAGAAAGAAUUUACUAAGAAAAACAGUUCCGCUUUAUGUUUGAUUGUUAUUUCAUCAUGUUAAAUUAGUGAGAAGUUUUGUAAAUAUCACUCUAAAAGAAUUGUCCAAGGUUUUGCUGAGAUAUUUGUUUUUGGUUUUCUAGUUUGGUGAAAGAAAAGAAUUCAUACGAAGGUUUAAUCUUUCUUCUUUUCCUUUGAUUUGCAAGAAGAAAGAGCUAUCUGCAAUGGCUGUGGCAUUUACUAAUCUCUCAUGGUGGUUGUGGAGUGGAAAGCAUCAGGAUCCUAGAAUACCAAAUGCAUCUUCUUUAAACUCUAGACCUGAUUUGGACUUGUGGGAAUCAGAUAAUUUGAAAUUCCCUUUGGUUCGGAGGGCUAAUGUAGCUUCCUCAUCUAGAAGGGUUAAACGAAAAUGGCAUAGCCGGGAAGAGAGAAAAAUUGAUAGGGAAUAUGAUGUUGUUCUUGUGCCGUCUGAUGGUGGCUGUGUUUCAGGGUCUGAGUCUGACGAUUCAGAUUAUUCCAUUGGAUGGUUGGAGCCUCAUGGAGCUGGAUUUCAGAGUGAUGAUGACAUGGAUAGCAGUUUUGCUGUAUUGGUUCCAUGUUAUGGACGUGCUCAAGAUAAAGUAUUUGAGGACUCAAAGAACAACAUGUUUGGUGCCAUUGUCAAUAUUCAAGAUGGUUUCUCUAAUGAGAGCAAAAGGUGCAUGGAAGAAUGGCUGUCUUCGCUCCAGAAUAGCUGACUUUCAGUGCUUGCUAAUAGUUGCAGUUAGGUCUUUCUUUGCGGCUUCUGUGGCUGCUGGAUCCUCUGGAAGAACCCAACCUGCUGAUAUAAUAACAUAGAAAGAUAUUAUAUAAAGAUAUAAGCCGAACCUGUAAAACUUCAAUGGUGAGAAAAAAAAAAAAGGAAAAAGAAAAGAUAGUAACUUGUGUAAUUUACUAAAUGCUGAAGAGGAUUGGCUAGUGUUCCUGCUCUAGCUAGUGUUGCUAAUAGAGAGACAGGAAAGGAUGAAAGAACGAUGAUAUGGUCAAAACGCCGGAAAGUGAUGGCUUCUUAUAUGAUUGCUAAACUUAGAAGGGGUUUUCUCCUGCUGUCUUCCCCACCUCAACAGCUACAAUGAAUGAGACUAUUCUGCGAUGUAAAAUACUAAAAGAAGAGAUAGAAAGCGUGCGUGUGUUGUGGAAUUCUUUGAUGUAAAUAUCCAUUGUACAUAUAAAAGCAAUUUGAGGCUUCAUUUUCUUGCUGUAAAUUUUAAGUACGUAAAUGAACAGUCAAUAGUUGUAUUAUUUGUAAGUUGGUUCUCUCUUAAAUCUUAUAAGAAAAGUGGUAUAUUACCAUA